CGGGAUCGGGCGGCGCCUGGAGCUUCCCGCCCGUUGCUGGCGCUAGGCCCCUCGGCUCUCCUCCGCCCGCUCCUCCUCACGGCCCUGGCUGGGUCCCGGCAGCGCGCCCCCGGGGAGGGCGGAGCCGUAGAUAUGGUGUAAGCUAUUUCUUCAAGAUUGGGCAGCUGAGGACCUGGUAUUUCUGAUUAGCCUUCAGCAGACUUAUAGCCAUAGAGAAACCUCACAGAGUUCCGUAUUUUGUUUUCUGCUUUACACCUUUCCUGGCACCUGAAUUCAUCUUGCAACCAUGUAUGGAAGUGCUCGCUCAGUUGGGAAGGUGGAACCAAGCAACCAGAGCCCUGGGCGAUCACCUCGGCUUCCACGUUCCCCUCGCUUGGGUCAUCGUCGAACCAAUAGUACAGGAGGGAGUUCUGGGAGCAGUGUCGGAGGUGGCAGUGGGAAAACCCUUUCAAUGGAGAAUAUCCAGUCCUUAAACGCUGCCUAUGCCACUUCUGGCCCUAUGUACCUAAGUGACCAUGAAAAUGUGGGUUCGGAAACACCUAAAAGCACCAUGACCCUUGGCCGUUCUGGAGGACGUCUGCCUUAUGGUGUGAGGAUGACUGCUAUGGGCAGUAGCCCCAAUAUAGCUAGCAGUGGGGUUGCUAGUGACACCAUAGCAUUUGGAGAGCAUCACCUCCCUCCUGUGAGCAUGGCAUCCACCGUUCCUCACUCUCUUCGUCAAGCAAGAGAUAACACAAUCAUGGAUCUGCAGACACAGCUGAAGGAAGUAUUAAGGGAAAAUGAUCUCUUGCGAAAGGAUGUGGAAGUAAAGGAGAGCAAAUUAAGUUCUUCAAUGAAUAGCAUCAAGACCUUCUGGAGCCCAGAGCUGAAGAAAGAACGAGCCCUGAGAAAAGAUGAAGCUUCCAAAAUCACUAUUUGGAAGGAACAGUAUAGAGUUGUGCAGGAGGAAAACCAGCACAUGCAAAUGACAAUCCAGGCUCUCCAGGAUGAAUUGCGGAUCCAGAGGGACCUGAACCAGCUGUUUCAACAGGAUAGUAACAGUAGGACUGGUGAGCCUUGUGUGACAGAGCUGACGGAGGAGAACUUUCAGAGGCUGCACACUGAGCACGAGCGGCAGGCCAAGGAGCUGUUCCUCCUUCGAAAGACUCUGGAGGAGAUGGAGCUGCGGAUCGAGACUCAGAAGCAAACCCUGAACGCUCGGGACGAAUCCAUCAAGAAGCUUCUGGAGAUGUUGCAGAGCAAGGGGCUUUCUGCUAAGGCUACUGAGGAGGACCAUGAGAGAACAAGGAGACUGGCAGAGGCAGAGAUGCACGUCCACCACCUCGAAAGCCUUUUGGAGCAGAAGGAAAAAGAGAAUGCUCUGUUGAGAGAGGAGAUGCAUCGGAGAUUUGAGAAUGCCCCCGAUUCUGCCAAAACUAAAGCUCUGCAAACUGUUAUCGAAAUGAAGGAUUCAAAAAUUUCCUCUAUGGAGCGUGGGCUCCGAGACUUGGAAGAGGAGAUUCAGAUGCUGAAAUCGAACGGGGCUUUGAGUACUGAAGAACGAGAGGAAGAAAUGAAGCAAAUGGAAGUCUAUCGGAGCCAUUCUAAAUUUAUGAAAAACAAGGUAGAGCAACUGAAGGAGGAGCUAAAUUCGAAAGAGGCUCAAGGGGAGGAGCUGAAAAAGAGAGCGGCUGGUCUUCAGGCCGAGAUUGGUCAGGUGAAGCAGGAGCUGUCCAGAAAGGACACAGAACUACUAGCCCUACAGACAAAGCUAGAAACACUCACCAACCAGUUCUCAGACAGCAAGCAACACAUUGAAGUGCUGAAGGAGUCCUUGACUGCUAAGGAGCAGAGGGCUGCCAUCCUGCAGACCGAGGUGGAUGCUCUGCGGUUGCGUUUGGAAGAGAAGGAAACCAUGCUGAAUAAGAAGACAAAACAAAUCCAGGACAUGGCUGAGGAGAAGGGGACACAAGCUGGAGAGAUCCAUGACCUCAAGGACAUGCUGGAUGUGAAGGAGCGGAAAGUUAAUGUCCUUCAGAAGAAGAUUGAAAAUCUCCAAGAGCAACUUAGAGAUAAGGAAAAGCAGAUGAGCAGCUUGAAGGAGCGAGUCAGAUCCUUGCAGGCUGACACCACCAACACUGACACCGCCUUGACUACCUUGGAGGAGGCCCUUGCCGAGAAGGAGCGGACAAUCGAACGCUUAAAGGACCAGCGGGACCGAGAUGAGCGAGAAAAGCAGGAGGAAAUUGAUAACUACAAAAAAGAUCUUAAAGACCUGAAAGAAAAAGUCAGCCUACUGCAAGGCGACCUCUCAGAGAAAGAGGCUUCACUCUUGGAUCUGAAAGAGCAUGCUUCUUCCCUGGCUUCCGCAGGACUGAAAAAGGACUCACGGCUUAAGACACUAGAAAUUGCUUUGGAGCAGAAGAAGGAAGAGUGUCUGAAGAUGGACUCGCAGUUGAAAAAGGCACACGAGGCAGCACUGGAAGCCAGAGCCAGUCCAGAGAUGAGUGAUCGAAUACAGCAAUUAGAGAGAGAGAUUGCCAGGUACAAAGAUGACUCUAGCAAGGCCCAGGCAGAAGUUGACCGCCUCUUGGAAAUCUUGAAGGAGGUGGAAAAUGAGAAGAAUGACAAAGAUAAGAAGAUUGCUGAGUUGGAAAGUCUCACCUCAAGGCAAGUGAAAGACCAGAAUAAGAAGGUAGCAAACCUGAAGCACAAGGAGCAGGUGGAGAAGAAGAAAAGCGCGCAGAUGCUGGAGGAGGCCCGGCGCAGGGAGGACACCCUCAGCGACAGCUCCCAGCAGCUGCAGGACAGUCUCCGUAAGAAGGAUGACAGGAUUGAAGAGCUGGAAGAAGCACUAAGAGAAAGUGUACAGAUAACUGCAGAGCGAGAGAUGGUGCUGGCACAGGAGGAGUCAGCCAGGACCAGUGCUGAAAAACAGGUGGAGGAGUUGCUGAUGGCCAUGGAGAAGGUAAAGCAGGAGCUGGAGUCCAUGAAGGCGAAGCUGUCCUGCACUCAGCAGUCGCUGGCAGAGAAGGAGACUCAUUUGACCAACCUUCGGGCCGAGAGAAGAAAACACUUAGAGGAAGUUCUGGAGAUGAAGCAGGAAGCCCUUCUGGCCGCCAUCAGUGAAAAAGAUGCCAAUAUAGCUCUUUUGGAGCUUUCAUCCUCGAAGAAAAAGACCCAGGAAGAAGUGGCUGCCCUGAAGCGGGAGAAGGACCGGCUCGUGCAGCAGCUCAAGCAGCAGACACAAAAUCGGAUGAAGCUCAUGGCCGACAAUUAUGAGGACGACCACUUCAGAUCCUCCCACUCCAGUCAAACCAAUCAUAAACCCUCCCCAGACCAGAUCAUCCAGCCCCUCUUAGAACUUGACCAAAACAGAAGCAAACUAAAGUUGUACAUUGGACACCUGACAGCCCUCUGCCAUGACCGAGACCCCCUGAUUCUUCAAGGACUCACUCCACCAGCUUCCUAUAACUUGGACGAUGACCAGGCAGCAUGGGAGAAUGAGCUGCAGAAGAUGACCCAGGAACAGCUUCAGAACGAGUUAGAGAAGGGUGAGCGCGACAACUCAGAGCUACAGGAGUUCGCCAACGCCGUCCUGCAGCAGAUAGCAGACCGCUGCCCCGACAUCCUGGAGCAGGUGGUCAGCGCCCUGGAAGAGUCAUCGUGACCGUCUCCGUGGGGAGCGGCCAGCCCAGUACCGUAGCCCGCUCGAUGAGCCCAGGAGCCGAGGAGGGAGAAGCACGAGGAGGGGGCGCUCAGACGGCUCUUGGCAGCAGGCACACACUCCAGACUCUGCCCUGUCUCGCUUAGUCCCGCGAGUGUGGCUCCAGCACCGUUUCUGCGUCUGUCCUCCUGUCUUCCACUGUUGUCUCUGCGCGAAUUGUCCUGCUGUCCAGGGCGGGUGAGUGGCCGAGCCUCCGUGGAGAGCUGCCAUCCAGCCAUCGGCAGCGACACCGUGGACGCGGGCGGCCGUGCCCUGACAGAGGGACACGGGGCAGAGCCCUCCUCCCUUCUGUCCGUGGCGUGAGAACUAGGUCUGGACUCUGCAGAGCUCAGCUCACCGAGAGACGCCUUCCCUGCAGACCAGGGCGCCGCGUGUUCUAAUGUCACAACAGGUGCUUUCUCGUAAAAGGGUAAAAAAGACAAAAAACAAUCUCAAAAAGAGUAUUAACAAAGGAGACGGCGGGGAGCGAGCAGGGGCAGAGAGCCGGCCGGCUCUUCUCUUUCCCACCCGUCCUGGCUCCUCUCCGCCAGGGCCGUCUGUGCGGGACUGCGGGCAGGCUGCGCCGGGGCUUGGAGAUCCUGGCCUCCGUGCCGCACUGGUGCCUGCGCUUCUCCUAGCCUCUGGGGCGAGCCCCUCUCGUUGAGGACCUUGGUGUGUCAGAUCACAUCUGUCACUGAAAGAGAAGAGGGCAAUGUGGUCACCCCCGCAGCUCUGCUUCUGUGGAAGGCGACCGGUCCUCGGGGUCAGGCCGGCUUCUCCCAGACACCUCCCUCGUCAGCAGUCUAGGCCCCAAAGCGUGCUUCUGCCUCACCCCACCGCCCGUGCUCCACGCUCAGGCGGCCCAGCCUCCCCCCUUCAGCUUUCCUGCUGAACCAGAGCUUCUGCUUCGGAUGAGUGUUUCUCUUCCCACGCGCAUCCCUUCCCCCUUUCUUGCAUUCGGAUAAUCGCGAUGAAGUGCCUACUGUGUGCAAGCCGCUGUCGGGCACCCAUCCUGGAAGAAAGCCUGUCUGCGGGGAGCGAGGGCAGUCGAGGUUUCUGUGAGACCCACGUGGUCCAGUCAGAGGGGCACCCAUCCUGGAAGAAAGCCUGUCUGCGGGGAGCGAGGGCAGUCGAGGAUUCUGUGAGACCCACCUGGUCCAGUCAGAGGGGCACCCAUCCUGGAAGAAAGCCUGUCUGCGGGGAGCGAGGGCAGUCGAGGAUUCUGUGAGACCCACCUGGUCCAGUCAGAGGGGCACCCAUCCUGGAAGAAAGCCUGUCUGCGGGGAGCGAGGGCAGUCGAGGAUUCUGUGAGACCCACCUGGUCCAGUCAGAGGGGCACCCAUCCUGGAAGAAAGCCUGUCUGCGGGGAGCGAGGGCAGUCGAGGAUUCUGUGAGACCCACCUGGUCCAGUCAGAGCAGUAAGAGGCACACCCUUCCCCUUCCCCACCUUAAUAGAAGGUAUCUCUUCCAGAAAAAUCUUCCACAAAUCAGCAUUUCUCAUUAUAAUGGAAUUUAUGAGUCUUGGGGGGCAGAGAGCUGAGUCACCUACUCGCCUGCAGAAUCCCAUCUGGUGACUUGGGGUUCGGGGUUUUGUCCCCCUGAGAGAGUGUACUGUCUAAUGGGCUGCGACGGUGGAUGGUGUUUUCUCUAGACAUCCAGGUGCACCUUGUCGAACUCAGCCAGGUCCAUGUUGCAGAACAGAAAAUUGACCCCAAAGUUGCAAAUCCCGUGGAAGGUAUGGACGUCUUCCCCAGGCGUAGAUAAUGGCAGCCUUAAACAUCAGGCAGCAGGAAGUAGAUCACUUCACCCAGCUCUGUAGCCCCUUGACCACCUCUCUGGCCAGACACCCACCAGACGCUCACAUCCUGGUAAGAGUUGCUGGGCUUGAUGGGUCUGUCUUGCGUUUUCUCCUUUCUCCUCCCCAGGUUCUCCGAUGCUGCCUGUUAGGUCCUCACAGCCAUCAGUCCUGUAUCUUCCCGCCAGCAGCCUGUGACUGUACCAUCAACUUAUAUGGUCACAUCUCCAGCUGCCCCGACUCCCUGCCGUAAAACAAGCUCUCCCUGUGAGAAGCUGUUGAGUACUCCUUACCGAAGGUUUAAAUGGACUCUGUUCAUAAAUUUCUUACUGAGAUGCUUCCUGAUAGCCAGGCUGGCUGGAGAGGGGGUGCAGCGGAGGUUAGACAGCAAGUGGUGACCGUUUGUGGUCAAUUACCUCAGUCCCGUUUGUUUACGGCACUGCCCAUAAAUCAUGUAGAAAGCCCCCAGGAUUUUAGGGCUGGAGUCCGGGAAUCUCACACUGUCCACCACAGAGCAAGAACUGCGGUAGAAAGACACCCUCCCCGGGACCACAGCAAACAGGGAACAGGACCCAGAGGCCACGUGCAGAGCAGCGGCGGGCCUGGCCGGCUUCUCUCUAGCUGGUCUCCCGGGUCCCGCUGAUUCCACGUCACCCAUCAGAUUCCACCCCUGCCACCUGCCCUCCUGCCUGCUCUCCUUCCUGUGGCUUCCCCUCCAGGGCCUUAUGGGAUUCCUCUGGGCAAGUGCUUCUGAGAAGAGCAGUUUCUGGGCAGACGCCAUCUGUCUGUCUCUGAAGCGUAGCGGGACUCUCCUCGGUGCUUCCUGGGUGGUUGUCCUAGCAUCUCAGAUGGUUCUAGGGGCUGUUGGGUCCUGGAUGAAAGUCGGCUCUGGCUAAAGUUUAAUAGUGAACAAGGACCUGCCUUUAUACCACAGGCAAAGUUAACAUAGUUUUUAGCAUUUAGAGUGUCUUACGAAGUUUAGGUCAUUCACUGAGCCAACAUUUGCUAAAUGCACAAUUCCCAUCACACGGGAUCUGUCGUUCCGUGACCUCUUCUGAUAUUCAUGGUUUCACAAGUUCAUGCAGCUGCUGCCGAGGAUCUGUAACCUUGAAAACUCACUGCGGGUUACCUGUGAUGUUCACCAAACUCCGCCAUCCCAUUGGCAAGUCUCGUUCCCCUUAGCACCUGCAGCUCUGUACCCAGAUCAAAGUCAUCAUGAAGGGCGAAGCAAGAGGGAGAGUGGGUGGCAUCCGCCCUGGGGCUCAGGACAGAAGAAGGACAAUGCGACCGUGUCCUCUUCCCAUGUACCUCCAUCCCAAGCAUUCACUGAGCUCUUGAUGCAGUGUCUGGACUGAGAUUUGCAAGGACUUGGAUACCGUUUGAAAUGGAAAAGAUUUUAAGUGGGCUUUAACAUGUGAAGAAAUGGGAACGGGAAUCCCCAAAUCCAUCUUGGCUCUAACCUUGACCGUGUACCUUACCAUCCGAAGGCGCCUCUCUUCCUGACACUUGGGCUUUAGAAAUACUAGUGAAGCAGACGGGACCCGAGGCACCUCCAGGGUGGUUGGAGGCGACGGGGCUCGGCCCUGUGUGUCCAUAAAGGCCUGUGGGGUUUUCCGCAGGAGCCACCGGCUCCCCCGCUCCUCAGAGGGAGAGGAGAAGAGGAGGUCGUCUCCAAGUUUUGGCCGAUGGCUGGUGGUCAGGAUCGGCGUUGGGAUUGGCUGCUGGAGUCCUGCUGAUCCCGCCCGCGCGCCCUCCUGUGGAGCCCACUGUGUAAGCACAGGCCCAUGGGAGGCCUCGGGGCCGUUGAGGCAAGAGCAGCGGAGGAGGGCGUGGCCGUGCAGACGUGGCCCUCGAGUGGUUCUUCCCGAGUCCCCACGGACCCUGCGUCCCGCCCCCGCAGCUUCGUCUCCCACCGGCGGGAGCCCCGGGCCGCGGGAGGGGAGGGGAGGGCGUGGGGGGCCGCGGGAGCGGGCAGCUGGGCCGAGCAGACCUGGGCCCACCCGCGCUGCUGGCCCCGGCUUCUUGGCAGGGACGCACCGUCAGAUAAGUGUCUUCAGAGGAAUCUGGUGUUUCCCCCACGUGAACUAAGGGAACAUUUGGGCAAGAAGACGACAUCCAGGGGAAUCCUUCUGAACAAAAUGGCUGUCUUACUCUUUUUAAGCAAAAACUUUCCAAACUUUUUAGUGUCAAAACUGUAACCAAGUGUCUCCUGGGUUUUUCCAACGUGUUUGGCGAGUGCUGUGACCCUGUUGUAGGUAUUUCUCCUCCUGACUCUUGGGGGAGAGGUGGUUUUGGGGAUUGAUUUGGGGGGAGUGGUUUUUUGUCCCACACCCACCUCCUCUUUUGUUUCUCUGCUUGUCGAUGUUGUCUGUGUGGUUCAGAGAAUUGGGGCGGUUACCUUGUGUCCACUGUUGAGAUUAUUAAGAUAUUACAAAGUAGUUGUAGGACUGAAAAAUUAAAGAGCUGUGUUUUAAAAAAUCCCUCCAAUAUCAUGUUAAUAGAGGAAUUCAAGCUAUGGGGCAGCCAGGCUCCUUCCAUCCCCCCGAGUUGGCUGGGAUGGCAGCUGAGCUGGCCUCUGGGGAAACACGGUGGCCAUGGUCCAGGCAGGCGACCACCCAGGGAAGGAGGCAACCACUGAGUUAGGGGAACAGGCUCCUGGGCCCCGGUUUGCCCGUCCACCUUCAGGACCUCUGCGGGGUGUUUCCAGAUCUGUGAGCCCACACUGGCCGCAGCCCCGUGUGCCGGAUGCUGUGUGGUCACUUGGGCCUGGCGCCGGACCUCUUCCUGCCCACUUGGUGCUAUAUCAUCCCGUGGCCCAUCCAAGACGGGCCGAGCCCCGGCCAGCCUGGAGCCUAUGAUCUGGAUGGGGGAGUCCUCCUCAGAGCCCAGUUCCUUUGGCUUCAGUUCCUGGAUCCUUUCCCUGAAAGCUUUUUAGAGCCCAGGUCUCCCAGGCCCAGGCCAUCCGUCUGGGCCCUAGCAGUGGCCUGGCCAGGAAAGGAGGUGGCCCCUGCCAAAGCCAGAGAGCCCCCCCGGGCUGGGGCAGCCCCCCACCCUCCCACAGCAGUAUUGUGCUCUCCACCUCGGCACGGUGGACCCCUGGGGGCGGCCCGGGGCCUUCGAGCCCAGUGGGUGUGCAGCGGGCUCCCGCUGCUCCAGAGGGAGAGCUGCCCUUUGAUUAGGCCCCAGGGCGCCGGGCACUGACCCCCUGUAGCUUGAGUUCCUUCUGGCAGCAGUAGCUGCUGAGGGGUGGGGUCUGUGAGCGAACGCACCGCUGCCUCCAGCUGUGCACCUGCCCCGUCGUGCGGCUGACACGAUCAUGACGUUACAGAGAAACUGAGUUAGAGUCGGAUUUGCCUUGAUAAUUAUUGUAAACACUUUGUUCGUUUUUUUUUCUUUUUUAUUCACAAACUAAAUCCAUCAGGAAAUUAUAAAGUUAUUUAAAAAUCA